GAUUCAGGAAGUAAAUAUUUCAUUUUCAUGUCGUGUUCGUAUAGCUAAGUAAAGUUUCAUUUUUUUUUACCCUUUUCGCUGUAUUGUUACCAAAAAUUCAACUUAGUGGAAAAUGUCCGGUUGUAAUGAGACAACAGACGUGUUGCUUCUCGGAAAAGGUGACAAUUUACAUCAACAGGUUCUCGCCUCCUUCCCACUGUGUGACGUGACAGAGGACGACCUGACCCAGAACCCUCAGUUCUGUAAACUGCUGGCCACUCUAACCCAGUAUGUGGACAAAACUGGACUAACUGUCCCCCUAAAAACAGACCUGGACAAGGCUGAACAGAAGCUGCAAAGUAAGAGGCGCCAGUGGCUUCGUUCUGAGAGCCUCUACAGAGGUCUACAAGAGAUGAUCCAGGACCACUCUGUUAAAAAACACCAUACCACUGUACCUCCUGACCAGAACAUGUUCUAUGAAACAAUGGAGAAGUGUCUGCUCGUGGCUAAGUGUGUCAAACAGCUGGAUCCCAGUAGCACCACCAACCAGGACCAGCCCUCUGUACUGGGCCUGACAAGCCAACACAUAAUGGAGCUCAUGCCGUUAGAGAAGAAUGUGCAACGAAUGCGACAGGGUCUGCCCAGACAGCUGGAGAAGCAUCUGAAGGGAAAGUGUUUGAGCCUGCUCUCUUAUUAUCAGCCUGAAUGGGAGAAUGAGAGUGAGGGUCUUAAGACCAUCAAAUUGGCUCAUUUGUCAGCCCUGCUGGAGAAAGAGAAGAAAAGAGCAGAAAAUCUAAAGGAACUCUGUCGGGAAAACACAUUUCUUUUGCAACAACAGACCCAGCUCUACCUCUCUGAACUGACUAAGUGCAUUCAGCUCCUUCAGACUCUCAUCUUAGAGCACCGGCUGAAGAUCCAGACAGAUUUGGACCGGAAAAAAUUGGAUUACUUUGAAGGCAAAUGUGACCUAGUCUUACAGAAGAUAAAGAUGGAGAUGGUGGAAAUUCAGUUGGAGACGUACACACCUGACACAAUUUCUGCGCAUCGAAAGAUAAGGGAGAAGCUGGAGUCUGAGCUGAAGGCCUGUACAGCUGAGAAGCAGAGCGUUGAGUUAAAGCUGUCGUCCUUUGAGAUCUUAGGAAAAGAGUUUGAGACGCUGGCAGAAGAGUACUGCAGAUUACGUCAGGAGAUAGAGAUGAAACACUGGGCUCUGAAGGAACUGACCCAGUACAGUAACAAGUAAAGCUAACGCGUGAUGUUGAGCUAACAGCUAGCAUUUCCCUUUUCAUAAUAAGUAAUUGCACAGAAUGACAUGUUACCGGCUAAAUGCAACAAAAAAAAAAGUGGACUUUUGUCUUUUCUCCUGACUGAAAAAUGUUUCAUAGAUGCAGUUUUCUUAAAAUAGCGACGCCUCUUUGGUCCGUCGCUAUGGUAAUUGUAAUAAGAGCUAGUUUGGUUUAUUUGUGUCUCUUUUAAUAAGAUAUGAGUUUACUGAGUAUGUUACACAUCCGAUUGAGUCACAUUAUUAACAGACAACACAAAAUCCAUCUAAUUGUUUCAGUUGUUUAGGACACCUGUAAAGCAUCUGCUUGAUAAAUUACCUUGUUCUCAAAUAAAAGUAUUAAAGUUG